CGACAGCCCGCGGAGAAGGCGGUGUGGCCUGAAGUCCGGGGGUGUGGGGCUGCGCACCUUACCCCUGGCCCCUGCCCUGGGCUUCUUGGUAUUCCCACGCGGAGAUAAGGCUCGGGAACUUCGAUCGCCCCCCACUCCACACCGGGACGGCCUCUCCGGUCCUCUCCUUCCCCGUCAUCUAGCCCUCGUUCCCUCAUUUCAUCCUUUCCAGUGCCCACAACUCUUUAAGGCUGGAGGUUCUCGAGCGUUUGCUGCCCAGGACUCCCCCACCUCCUCCCACCCUCAUGGAGUCCGAGAUGCUGCAGUCGCCUCUUCUCGGGCUUGGGGAGGAGGACGAGUCCGACCUGACCGACUGGAACCUGCCUUUGACUUUCAUGAAGAAGAGGCACUGCGAGAAGAUUGAAGGCUCCAAAUCCUUGGCCCAGAGUUGGAGGAUGAAGGACCGGAUGAAGACGGUUAGCGUUGCCUUAGUUUUGUGCCUAAAUGUAGGUGUGGAUCCUCCGGAUGUGGUGAAGACAACUCCCUGUGCCCGUUUAGAGUGCUGGAUUGAUCCUUUGUCAAUGGGUCCUCAAAAAGCUUUGGAAACUAUUGGUGCAAAUUUACAGAAACAGUAUGAAAAUUGGCAGCCAAGGGCCCGCUAUAAACAAAGUCUUGAUCCGACAGUGGAUGAAGUCAAGAAGCUUUGCACAUCCUUGCGCCGAAAUGCCAAGGAAGAACGGGUUCUCUUCCACUACAAUGGGCAUGGUGUACCAAGGCCCACAGUGAAUGGAGAAAUCUGGGUCUUCAACAAGAACUAUACUCAAUAUAUUCCACUGUCCAUAUAUGAUCUGCAGACUUGGAUGGGCAGCCCUUCCAUUUUCGUCUAUGAUUGCUCUAAUGCUGGCCUUAUUGUCAAGUCCUUCAAACAGUUUGCACUACAAAGGGAGCAAGAGUUAGAGGUAGCUGCAAUUAACCCAAGUCAUCCACUUGCCCAGAUGCCUUUGCCCCCAUCAAUGAAAAACUGCAUUCAACUAGCAGCAUGUGAAGCUAAUGAACUACUACCUAUGAUACCUGACCUUCCGGCUGACCUUUUCACAUCAUGCCUUACAACACCUAUCAAAAUUGCGCUCAGAUGGUUUUGCAUGCAGAAGUGUGUCAGUCUGGUGCCUGGAGUCACACUGGAUUUGAUAGAGAAGAUUCCUGGCAGGCUCAAUGACAGGAGGACUCCUUUGGGAGAACUGAAUUGGAUCUUCACUGCAAUCACAGAUACCAUUGCUUGGAAUGUGCUGCCCAGGGAUCUCUUCCAAAAGCUUUUCAGACAGGACCUCUUGGUGGCAAGUCUGUUUCGUAACUUUCUGUUGGCAGAAAGGAUCAUGAGAUCAUAUAACUGUACCCCAGUCAGCAGUCCACGCCUACCUCCUACCUAUAUGCAUGCAAUGUGGCAAGCUUGGGACCUAGCAGUUGAUAUUUGCCUCUCCCAAUUGCCAACCAUUAUAGAGGAAGGAACUGCAUUUAGGCAUAGUCCAUUCUUUGCUGAGCAAUUGACUGCAUUCCAGGUGUGGCUCACAAUGGGAGUAGAGAACAGGAACCCACCAGAACAACUUCCUAUAGUCUUGCAGGUGCUGUUAAGCCAAGUUCAUCGGUUGAGAGCUCUCGACUUACUGGGAAGGUUUUUAGACUUGGGCCCCUGGGCAGUGAGCCUGGCCCUGUCAGUUGGCAUCUUCCCUUAUGUUCUGAAACUGCUCCAGAGCUCAGCCAGAGAGCUGAGGCCACUUCUUGUUUUCAUAUGGGCCAAAAUUCUAGCUGUGGACAGUUCAUGCCAAGCUGAUCUCGUGAAGGACAACGGUCACAAAUAUUUCCUUUCUGUCUUGGCGGACCCUUACAUGCCAGCUGAACAUAGGACCAUGACAGCUUUCAUUCUGGCUGUGAUUGUCAACAGCUAUAAUACAGGACAGGAAGCCUGUCUUCAAGGCAACCUGAUUGCCAUUUGUCUGGAGCAACUGAAUGACCCCCACCCUUUGUUGCGCCAAUGGGUAGCCAUCUGCCUAGGGCGGAUUUGGCAAAAUUUUGAUUCAGCAAGGUGGUGUGGUGUAAGGGACAGUGCCCAUGAGAAACUCUACAGUCUUCUCUCUGAUCCUAUUCCUGAGGUUCGUUGUGCUGCAGUCUUUGCCCUUGGCACUUUUGUGGGUAACUCUACAGAGAGGACUGAUCACUCUACUACAAUUGAUCACAAUGUGGCUAUGAUGUUAGCUCAACUUAUCAAUGAUGGAAGCCCUAUGGUCAGGAAGGAACUGGUGGUAGCUCUGAGUCAUCUUGUGGUUCAGUAUGAGAGCAAUUUCUGCACAGUAGCCUUGCAGUUCAUUGAAGAAGAAAAGAACUACCCUCUGCCUUCUCCAGCUGCCACAGAGGGGGGAAGUUUGACACCUGUGCGAGAUGGUCCAUGUACACCUAGACUUCGCUCAGUCAGCUCCUAUGGAAAUAUUAGAGCUGUUACCACAGCAAGAAGUUUGAACAAGUCGUUGCAGAAUCUGAGCUUGACAGAAGAAUCUGGAAGCUCUGUUGCAUUUUCCCCAGGCAAUCUCAGCACCAGUAGCAGUGCAAGCAGCACCUUGGGCAGCCCUGAAAACGAAGAGUACAUUCUUUCAUUUGAGACAAUCGAUAAGAUGAGAAGAGUCAGCUCUUAUUCCUCACUGAACUCACUCAUAGGAGUUUCCUUCAAUAGUGUUUACACACAAAUUUGGAGAGUCCUACUACAUUUGGCUGCUGACCCAUAUCCAGAUGUUUCAGAUUUGGCUAUGAAAGUGCUCAACAGCAUCGCCUAUAAGGCCACUGUCAAUGCCCGUCCUCAGCGCAUCCUUGACACUUCUUCUCUUACUCAGUCUGCCCCAGCUAGCCCUACUAACAAGGGCAUGCACAUUCACCAAGUAGGAGGCUCUCCUCCAACAUCAAGUACCAGCAGCUCCAGUCUGACCAAUGACGUGACUAAGCAGCCGGGCAGUCGGGACAUCCCAUCAGGCAGACCAGCUAAUGUGGGUCCCAUGGGUGUGCAGUAUACACCUCAUUCCCACCAGUUCCCCAGGACACGAAAGAUGUUUGACAAGGGUCCAGAUCAGACCACUGAUGAUGCAGAUGACACUGUUGGACACAAAAGUUUCAUUUCAGCCACAAUGCAGACAGGAUUCUGUGACUGGAGUGCCAAAUAUUUUGCCCAGCCAGUAAUGAAGAUCCCAGAAGAACACGACCUAGAGAGCCAAAUCCGAAAAGAGCGAGAGUGGCGAUUUCUACGAAACACACGUGUGAGAAAGCAAGCACAGCAGAUCAUCCAGAAGGGUAUUACAAGACUAGAUGAUCAGAUCUUCCUUAAUAGGAACCCUGGUGUUCCCUCAGUGGUCAAAUUCCACCCCUUCACCCCUUGCAUAGCUGUAGCUGAUAAAGACAGCAUUUGUUUUUGGGACUGGGAAAAAGGGGAGAAGUUGGACUACUUCCACAAUGGAAAUCCUCGCUACACUAGAGUCACUGCCAUGGAGUAUCUGAAUGGCCAGGACUGUUCGUUGCUACUGACAGCCACAGAUGACGGUGCCAUCAGGGUAUGGAAGAAUUUUGCAGAUGUGGAAAAGAACCCUGAGAUGGUGACUGCCUGGCAGGGGCUUUCAGACAUGUUACCAACAACAAGAGGAGCAGGUAUGGUAGUGGACUGGGAGCAAGAGACCGGCCUUCUCAUGACCUCAGGAGAUGUACGGAUUAUCCGAAUCUGGGACACAGAUAGAGAGAUGAAAGUGCAGGAUAUCCCCACGGGUGCAGACAGCUGUGUGACAAGCCUCUCCUGUGACUCUCACCGCUCACUCAUUGUGGCCGGCCUUGGCGAUGGUUCCAUUCGGGUCUAUGAUAGGAGAAUGGCACUCAGUGAAUGCCGAGUUAUGACCUACCGUGAGCAUACUGCCUGGGUGGUGAAAGCACACCUCCAGAAACAUCCCGAGGGCCACAUCAUGAGCGUCAGUGUCAAUGGAGAUGUACGUUUCUUCGACCCCCGAAUGCCCGAGUCUGUGAAUGCCCUCCAAAUAGUGAAAGGACUGACGGCCCUUGACAUUCACCCACAGGCGAAUUUGUUUGCAUGUGGCUCAAUGAAUCAGUUCACUGCUAUCUACAAUGGGAAUGGAGAGCUGAUCAACAACAUCAAAUACUAUGAUGGGUUUAUGGGACAAAGAGUCGGAGCCAUCAGCUGCUUGGCUUUCCACCCCCACUGGCCUCAUUUGGCGGUUGGAAGCAAUGACUACUACAUCUCGGUGUACUCCGUGGAGAAGCGCAUCAGAUAACAGGAGCCUGCAGCCUCCCCAGGGACGGGGAAGUCCUUCCCAGGCAGGGCUGUAUCUCUCCUGUCGUGUACAUAGUGAAAUGAUCGACUUGAAUGUUUAGUGUUGGCUGCUGCUGCAACCUGUAACUUGAACAUUUUUUUCCUCUGACUUAGCUACUGAUGAUUUGAGGAGAGACAGUUGCCUGCUUUCUUUUGUUUUUGCUAUAAUGUCUAGAAAGUACAGGAAAGGAAGGGGAUUUUUGUUCUUUUUGUUUUCGAUGGUUGCUUCUCUGCUAAGAACACAACUUCCGGGCUCAAAGGACUUGAACAAACCACACCUGUUUUGUUUUUGUUACCAUUUUGGUUGAGGUUUUUUGUUGUUGUGUUUGGGUUUUUUUAGGGUGGGGAGGGGGGAAGAUCCCAUUAGUUUUGUGUAUUUUUAUUUUGCCAGAAUACUAGCUAGCAAAUGGCUGAAAGACUGAAGUCCGGACUGGCCAGGGGCUCAUGUGCAGGGAAGAGCAAGCAUGCUCCCCAUCUGUCUCUGCAGACAGUAAUGCCUGCUUUGGCCACCGGUGGAUGGAGCCCCAGACACUGGGCAGUUGUGAUGAAGCGAAGCGAGAAUGAGCCAUCCAUGCAGCUUCUCCCCAUUUCUCUCCCUUCCUACACAGAGUCAGGAAUGUGCUCAGCUUACUGAGAAUGUUUGAGGGUAGGAGGUAGGAAAGACCAAGAAAAGAAUCGAGUGGAAGCUCCUACUUGAACUGUGCAUAUGAAUGGGAACCCCAAGCCAGGCAAUAUUAAUGUAAGGAAAUGGGGAUAAUGAGUGCUCAAAGGACUUCCCCUUGUUGGUAGGAGUGCCUGUGUGGGCACCAUGAGGGACAAGAUUGUUCACCUUCACCUUCUUUCUGUCAGCCCUAUUCUGACUCUGUUUUUUAAAUUGUUCUCCUUCCUCACACAAACAAAUCCCAUCAGCACAAGGUGCUUCGCUGGCUCUGGACAGAUGACAGAACCCUUUGGUUGUUAUAGCUGCUGCCUUAAACCAUCGGGUUUCAUUUCUUGCAGAAGUGCUAAUAUUCAGAUUACUGGCAGGCUCGGUAAUUAUAUACCCAGGAGCAUGCCUAUCAGCUUGCGUGCCCACAUGUGCAUGCUUAUGUGUACAAGAAUAGAAGAGCAACUGUACUCUUGAGUCACAGUGGGUCAAUGAUGGGUAAUUUUUUUCCAGGACAACACAUUCCCUUGUUCCUGGUCCUUUCCUCCCAUAUCCUGGUAUAACUAAGAUAAGCAUCUUGCAGUCUGUAAUGAAAAAGAAAUUUCCCUGGUGAUUGCUUUAGGGUAUGGGUGUGUAGGGAUAUAUGUAUAUGUGUGUAUGCGUGUAUGUGUAUGUGUUUUGUGUGAGUAGCCUGAGAGAAAGAGAUAUGGGAGAUAUAAAGAUAAUUUUUCCCCUGUUAGGUGCCAGAAGAAUGUAAUCUUAAGCAGUGUUUGAGAACAAAAAUGGCAUUUGCCAAACUUAACCACAAUGAUGAUAUUUUGAAAAACGUUAUUUUUUUUCCAUAUUUCUUUGGGUAUCACAAUUAUUCAUAGGCUAAUGUAGUGGCCUAAUUAAUUCUGCCAAUAAUGAGGCCAAUAAUAGUGGUAAAAAAAAAAGUGAUGAAAUAUUUUUGUUCUCUUUAUUAUGGAAGGCAGUUCAACCUCACCCGCAGGAUUCUGUCUGAUGGAGUUAUGACUCUGUUGUCAUGGGUAAAAUGCCAGGGAAAUUCCUUGUCUUAGGUUGCCCAUUGGUGAGUUGGCUGUGAGGGCUCUCCUGAGGAGAUGCAGGCCAAAUGAAUUGCCCCUUCUAGCCACUCUGUAAUAAAUAUGUACCUACUAAAAGAAAAGUCAUUGUAAGAUGUUGAUGCUGAAAUUCACGGUGAGGGAGACUGCCUCCCCACCCAGAAUCCCGGUUAUCCUCCUGACUAACUCCUUUGGCCUUCUAAAAGAAUGACUAGAUCAGCUUAGAUAAAAUCAUUUUGGUAGCAAGAAGGCCAUAGGGUUCCCCACGCACCUCCAUGGCUGGAAAAGAACAAUUAGCAAACUAUUGUGGAACUUUAUAUAAAUGUAGGUGAUUGAAUUAGCAGUAGCUGGUAGACUGUUGGCAGCCUGUGCAAAUGAUGUGUCUAUCAGGCUAAUAUGCUUGUCUUCAUUCAUUGUGUCCAUAUUUAGGAUUGAACCAACCAGCCUAUACUGAACUGGGAGGUUCAGAGAAGGUCCUGAGGAGGAUCCACCAUUAGGUGUUAAUACAGCUUCUAAUCUGCAAAUAACUGACUAACAAAGCUGAAACUCAAGAGAUUUUUAACCUAAUAUGCAUUUCUCUCUGCUCUGAGACAAAACCAUUACCUGGCAAAAUGUAGAUGGUACCAGACCGAGAAAAAAAGGUUUUUCUCCUCCUCCUGCCUGCAGUCUCUAACACUUUUCCAAGUUGGCACAGCCAGGAGUGACUAAGUAACUUUUACAGUUAGCUUUCAUCUAGUGUGUGAGUGCAUGUGUGUAUCUGUGUGUGUGUGUGUGUGUGUGUGUGUGUGCACGUGUGUAUGCGUGUGCACGUGGGCUGUAUUUUCAGAGGUUUGAUGCGAAAAUUCAAUCAUGAAGUUAACCAAGGCUCUAGAGAGCAUCCUACCUAAAGGUUCAUUUAUCUAUUUAUUUUACAAAAAUUAAAAUUAAAAAAGACUUUAAAAAAAACAUGGACUUGUAAUGUGAAAGUAAGCAAUGACAAAGAAUAAACUGUUAAUAAAAAAUAA